GUGGUCGCAGCAACUAUUAUAGAAAUACCGCUGUUUAUUGAACGGUAUCGGAAAAUAUUUAGUAGUUAAGUGUUUAGAUUGCUAAACCCCCAACCAAUCAGAUUUGUGUAAACAUUUACAAACUGUCGCAAGUUACUGCGGGUGCUAAAACUGCUUUUACCUUAAAUGAUAUAAAUGAUGUCGUUAACAUUGACUGUUAAUAAAAGCGUUGUAGGAACAUACUGAAUGUACAUUGAAGGGAAACAUUUAUUUGUUUAUCUUGAUUUUAAAUUGUAAUAAGGGAAAUAUUUUUUUUUUUUGGAUUUUUUUGUUGUUUGUUAUCUUGUUACAAUGUGCAGUUCAAGCAGUAAUAGUGGGACUUUAAUGCCUUUUGGCUUAAAGAUGAAUGGGGGCCAGUUGCCUUAUUAUGCUGCUAGUGCAUCUCAUUUGAAUAUGGACAUACAAAGGGCUCAAUUGCAGGACUACGCUCAAAGAUUACAGUUGGGUUUGAGGUCUUUUCCAGGACAAGUUGCAGGUUUGAAUCCGUUAGCAUACCACGGACAUUUGAUGCACCCUUACCUGCACCCAUACUUUUGUAAAGACCCAAGGGCAAGAUUUGUACACGAGGAGCCCAAACCUAAUCACAGCUAUAUAGGUCUGAUAGCAAUGGCUAUACUGAGUGUUCGAGAUAAGAAACUCGUAUUGAGCGACAUUUACCAAUGGAUCCUGGACAAUUACAGCUAUUUUAGGACAAGGGGUCCUGGUUGGCGCAACAGUAUCAGACACAAUCUAUCACUGAAUGACUGUUUCAUAAAAGCCGGCCGGAGUGCAAACGGUAAAGGCCACUUCUGGGCUAUACAUCCGGCGAAUUUGGAUGACUUUCAGAAAGGCGAUUUUCGCAGACGACGUGCACAACGUCGGGUUAGAAAACACAUGGGGCUUUCUGUCCCUGAUGAUGACGAGGAUGAUAGUCCAACCCCUUCACCAGCACCUACACAUCAUUCUCCGAACUGGGCCACUGGAUCUGUGGAGAUGAAUAUAGACGAAAAUACAGCUGAAGACCGCACAACAACGCCACCUGUUGAGAAUAAUGGACUUCACUGUAAUCCAGUUAGUGGAAAUAGACCUCAAGGUCAAAUACUUAAACAAGGAUUCCGGCGACAGUUUGAUGUUGAAAGCUUAUUAGCUCCAGAUACAGAGUUUUAUAAGAAAAUGCGUUCUGGGAGGCUUCCAUCCGUGAAUGUGGAGGAACCAUCUGAAAUCUUUGUUUUUGCGAAUGAAUCUCGGAUAAAGGGACAAACAGAUGACAAUUUAAAUGAUAACAUUAAUAGAAAUGAAAGCGUUGAUAAUGAAAACAAACAUAAAGAUGACAGUAAAGCACAUGCUGACGUGCUCAACAGAAAUGGCGAUGACGAAAACAUACAGGAAUCAAAUGAAGACAAGAAGAUUACAAUUGAAUGCGACAGUGACGACGCUAGCAGCGUUUGUGAUAACGAAAUUGUUGUUAACACGCCAUACGCUUCUAAAUACAGUAACAAUCAAGAUACAGCUGAAUACGGAGGAGAAAAUUCAGCAGCCAUUGAAAGGCAUUGCAUCAGUGAACCCUCCUCGCCAGAUAAUCGAAACAUCGGAUUUUCCGAGGAGAAAAGUACUAAACAUCACGAAAGAGUGUCGGAAGUGGGACUUAUGUCGCCAGCAUUCUUCAGUGCUAAUAACUUUCCAAGUACGCAAAGUAUUGGUGCAUUUUACAAUGCUGAAAAACAAACUUUAGUUAGAUCAGCAGGUCAAAUAUCAAAGUACCCUUUGAUUCCGACCCAAGGGUUUUUGGGAACUCCACUAGACGUGGAGGCAGCUCAACGUUGGCAACAGUCUAUGGCGACACUUUUGAUGAAAGCUCAGAUGAGGGGUAGACAAGAGUCGCUGUAUCAGCUAAGGGAUUAGACAUAACGGUGUAUCAGCUAAGGGAUUAGACAUAAACAUGUAGUCAGGCUUCGUUCACUCGAACUCGGAUAAUUCGAGCACCACCCUUUGUUCGAACUCAUCGUCAAGUCCUUGCAAAGUCCGAUAUACUGUACAUUGUUCGAUGGCUCGAACUACCGAUAACUCAAACAAAUUUUGCCUGUCUCGUCGAGUUCGAGUGAACAUGUAAAAGCUUCCUUUAGACAACGGCCUUUGUCAGAUGGACAGUCAAAAGAGGGUAGUAGAUCAGACAGAAACAGUAGUUCGGUUUGUUGGCCAAGUAUUUUAGGUUUUCUCCGAGAAAGCUCAAUUUUCAUACAUGAUAUUGGUAUCAUUAGGCUAAGCAAAGAAUCAUUUCAUCACGAAAAUCACUUUGGACACUGCAACAAUGACAGCUUGUUGAAUCUGAAUUUUGCUCUCUGUGAUUCUGUGAAAAGAGGACCCAUUAAUAUACCUCCACUUGUUGAUGACAUCAUAUUAGGCUUUAUCAGUUAGAUGAUAUUCUAAAAUAUUCCCCAUUUGUUGGGAUAUAUAUUGUUUUAGCCUUUGCUGUCCGUCUGUCUGUCUGUCUAUUCAUUCGCACCUAGGUUUACACCCGAUCUGGAUUUAAAUGAAACUUCACAUAUUGUUUGCAUGUCCUGGUCGGAUUAUUUGAGGAGUUAUUGUCCCUUAAAGAAUUUUUUAGAUAAAGAUUUUCCGAACAACUUCUUUAAUACUAAUUGAUGCGAUUAAAUUGAAACUUCAUUUAGAAAAUGAUUGGUCAGUAACAAGACUAGUUAUGUAUAUUUUAUAGGGUUUAUGGUUGAAUGAGUUUUCACUGAAUUAUGGCCCUUUUAAUUGUAUUGAAACUUCAUAGUAAUGAUCUUACCAAGACUUGUUACCAAAAGUUUACGGGGUUUCCGUUUAAAUGAUUUCCACGAAAUGUUGGCCCUUUUAAUUUUAUACAUAAAAUCUGUGUAGAGAUCUCAAAGUCAGUAGAUUUUUACAGGGGUUAUUGGUGUAAAGCCUACUUCUGCAUAUCAUUGAUACGUCCAUCGGCUUAUAUUUGCGGUCUUUUAGCCCGUAAAAUGUCUUUUUUAAUAAAAAUUUCCCGGACUAUUUCUCCUACACUAUUUGUGGUAGUUGAUUCAUGGGAAUGUUCAGUUGUGAGCCUAGUUGUACAUAUCUUAUGAUUUUACGGUUGAAUGAUAUUUAAGUGAGUUAUGGCCCUUUGAUAAUUACAUUAAUGCUAUGUAGAGAUCCUCUUCCGUGCUUCACAUCCUGAUCGUCUGUCCAGAUUUCGACGAAACUUAAAGAGGAGAUAUUUGUAUAAAGCCUAGUUGUGCGUAUCGUUGCAAUGCUCCGCUCAUAUUAUGUUUUUUGAAGUUAUGGUCCUUUAAAUGUCAUUUUUGAAUAACAUUUGAGCCGUGUCAUGGGAAAACCAAC